AUGGGGCCUUUUUCAUUCUCCAAGAAAUUAUCCUCAUUGUCUACAUUGGCUUUACUGGCCGUGUUUCUGUUUUGUGUCUCUAGUAAUGCAUUUUAUCUCCCUGGUAGUUAUAUGCACACCUACAUACCUGGAGCUAUAACUCUGAGCAUAAUCUUUGCUAUCAGGGCAAGCCCUUCAGAGUUUGUCAUCCCUCUAGAUAAGUAUGUCAAAGCAGUAUAUCACACCCGUGUUUCCAUCGGCAUGUGUUUUAGAAUGCUAUUUGAAACUGAGGAGUCUAGUGUGCGCAGAUAUAUGGGCACUGUCACAGGGAUAAGUGAUCUAGAUCCUGUCCGAUGGCCAAAUUCAUAUUGGCGCUCUGUGAAGGUUGGCUGGGAUGAGUCAACUUCUGGAGAGAGGCAGCCAAGAGUCUCUCUUUGGGAGAUUGAGCCUUUAACAACGUUUCCAAUGUAUCCAUCUUCCUUUCCACUUAGGCUCAAGCGCCCUUGGCUUUCUGACUUGCCCUCACUACAUGGUGGGAGAGAUGAUCUUAUGUGGCUUCGAGAUGGAGACAGAGCAAUCCAGUCUUUGAAUUUCCAGGGAUUCGCGGGAAUGAGGGAAACAGUUCUUGGUGCUCUUGAGAAUGCCAACGGGGUUCAGUUUUGGGGAGAAGAGCAAGGCAUUGUGACACCAGAGGUAAUAAUGGAGAUUAGUUGGAUGGUUGAACCUGAGGAGUCGUGUAUUGUCGUCGGAGAACAAGAAACGGAGGGCUUUGAUUUAAGAUGA